UUCGGUGCCAUUAAAAGCUGAAAGUGGCAUCUUUAAUUGGAGGACUACGCAACAUGGUUUGUGAGAUACAGAUCUUUGCUCACUGUUUUUGUUUGUUUUUGUUACCAAGCAGCACUUUCGGUGUCAUCAAGUGUUGUAAAUUACCGUCCUAAUUUGUCGUGAUUUGUUUGUUCUUCCUGUAACUUAUAUCGGAAGGAAACCGAUGACUUAACAGAAUUAACAUCUCUGCAAGGUGAUCUGUGUCGAAUUGUAAUUCCCCCAACUUCAUACGUAGCUGUGUCUUUAAAAUCGAAGUUUCCUUUUUGACGGCAGUAAAAAAAAGGAACCAGUCUCCUAGUUGCCUUUAAUUUCCUUUUCGGUAGCAGUUAAAGGGGAAGUGUCUAUUAGGGAAGAGAAUGGGCAGAAAGAAGAGGAGGAGGAGGGGGAGGGGAGAGUUCUCCAAUUGCUCCUUCCCUGUUUGAAGGAAGCCGAAAGUUGAAAAAGGACCGGUGGGGCAGUGAAAUUUUCUUGAUGUCAAACUGGAUGGAACAGGUACAGUUGAGGAUCGAUUCUGGAGGACGAAAAUGGACCGUGGGGUUGAGGUCUGGAUGCAAUCCUCCCAUGCUCCGGCGAUGAGUCUGGACUUGCAUCCCAAGGGAAGAUGCUGUGAGCUGGAGCUGCCGAUGGAUGUCCAAUUGGUUACGGUGAAGGAAGAGUCAGGGCCGGUCACACCUGCUGUCUGCCACCUGUGCCAGGAGGACCUGCCACUCAUUGAUGGUCCCCAAGGACAGGUUCCACAAUGCCAGAGGUGCAAAAGCUUCCCUUUAGAGUCUCAGAGUUGGUUGCCUGGCAACCCAGAUAUCCUGGUCCAUCUCUCUGAGAGGCCCUACUGCUGUUCUUUCUGUCCCAAACGCUUUAAGAGGGCCUCAGAUCGGCGUGACCAUGAGCGAGUGCAUACAGGUGAAAGACCAUAUGGUUGUGGCAUCUGUGGCAAGCGGUUUACUCAGAGUUCGGUGUUAUCUGGCCACAUGCGUAUUCACACUGGGGAGCGUCCCUUCCACUGUGGAGUCUGUCUGAAGUCUUUCAACAACGGCUCAAACUUCCGCAAGCACCAACGCAUCCAUGGCCAUCCACUUGGUUGCAAUGACAAGGGAAAUCAUGGGAAAGACACUGACUUUCUUCCUGGGAAAAAACAAAAUCAAGUGGCAGAGGGACAAAAUGGCUGCCAUCUACAUGGCAACAUUUUCUGUAGGCAAAAUGGCCGCCCAGUUGCCAAAGAACCGAAGCCCAGUGAGAACCAAAGAAGUCAAGACUCUAAAAGGAGGCCGAAUAGUCCUUGUGGGGAUAGAAUACACCAAGAUGGUAGCUGCAGUAAUGGCUUAAGACAUCAUUGUGAUAAUGCAGAACAUUUUAAAAGAAUGGACCUAAAGUGGAAUCAUGCUAAUUGCUGUGAUGACCUUCAUGUGAGGCAAAGUAGUCAUGGAAGUAUCAAUGUUAAGGAUCUGAAGCAGGCAGUAAAUUGUGAAGGACAUGUUGGUAGCCUGGGAAAAAAUGACUGCUUUUUUGGCCCAGAGAUUUUUGGAAAUGGUCACUGCUUUCGACGAGUGAAGUAUGUGAGUGGUGAAUAUUACACUAAAGUCCGGAGGCAAAAUAGGGUAGGGGAAAGCCACACUGAGGGAGAAAUGAAGCAACCUGUUGAAAGUCAGGAUAGAAAGUUACAACUGGAUGAUAACAGCUAUGGGAAAGGUCAUUUGCUAGUUGGUGGCAAUGGGACCUCUAUUCACAAACAGAGUCAGGAGGGUAGAGUCAAGGGCUAUUUAGUAAGGAGGCCUAAUGGAGGUUUAUUCAAAGGGUUGAAGCAAAACAGCAAGGAAAGUGUUGGUUCCCAUCUGAGGCAGAAUGAUAGAGAAGGAAGCCCUUUCAGUGGACUGAAUCCAGGCACCUUAGAAGUGAGACAAAAUGGCAGUCUCAGAGAUGCUGCCAAUGGCCUGAGACAGAAUGGCACCACUUACUUGGGAGAGGUGAGGCAAGAUAGCAGCACCAGCAAGGAGAAGGAGGUGGAGUUUCAAGCAAGCGUUCCAGAGAAGAUGAACAAUUUCCAGCCAAAAAUGUCUUCCUUGACUUGCCCAGAAGGAAGUACUGUUUUAGCUUGGAAACGGCCCAGUAUGGGUAUAAUGAAAGAAAAGGUUGAAUUGGAAGGAUGUUCUCCCUUAGACUUGCCUACCAAUGUAUCUCUCUGGGAACUGGAGACCCCUGAGCCAUAUUCCUUGCCUUACAAUAUUUCUAUGUCCCCUAGACACCACUCCUUGCAGGACCAGUUUGGAAGUAUCUCUCAAGACUGGGAAGAAGUGAACCCAACACCAUGCUUUCCUUUCCAUGAACCUGAGCCCUGGGAUCAGCAUUCCCCCUCAGCGGCUGAUUCUAAGCCCUUCCUGUGCUUUGCAUGCCCCAAGCAGUUUCGUCGUGCCACAGAUCUGAAGGAGCAUUUGCGGGUGCACACAGGAGAAAGGCCCUUUGGCUGUGGGGUAUGUGGAAAGCGGUUCACUCAGAGCUCAGCCUUAACCACUCACCGGAGACUGCACACUGGGGAAAAGCCCUUUGAAUGUGGUGUGUGCUGCCGACGUUUCAAUAAUUCUUCCAACUUUGCCAAGCAUCGCCGGCUUCAUGGGCAAGAGGGUGUGAGACGUGGUGGUAAAGUAGCAGAGAAAGAACAAUGGUGUGUCAAACCACAUUAAUUUUUUCCCCCUAGGAAGAAUUCCUUCUUUGUGAGAUGAAAAACUGUAAAUAUGGGCUAAGCUCAGGAUACUAUUCCACUACUGAUUGCUGAAUUCAGUGUCUUGGCCUUGUUUAGAAAACAGCAUGUUUCUAUACUCUGUGUGGUCUGGUGUUUCAUGAGGAAGCCUCAGAUUCAUGUGCUCCUUUCUUGUCCAGCUUUUCCUGGUUCUUGUCAAAGACUGAAAACCAUACUUGGAGACCAUACAGAAUCACUGUUUCAGCUUCCAGUUUGUGGGUAGACGAUGGUUUGUACUAUUUGUUGUUUGCCAAGAACCAAGGAAGUAUGGGAGAAAUGUGGAGCUUGCAGGAAGAGAAGGAAGUAGGAAAGUCUGAGAUGCAUUUGUGUAACACGAGUUCAUGAUGUGCAGGAUGUUUGAAUUGAGCCAUAACCUUUGCAGAGAGAAUGCUGUUGUUGUUUGCUUUGGAUUGCUUGUUAACCAAGUAAGUUCUUUUUCAGCUUGGUAUUACAUCUGAACGAAGCCAACAAGGAGAGACCUGCAAACAUAUGGCUAGAUACCCGGUAGAUACCUAGUAGGGUUACUACUAAAAAAGGGCACAACAUGAAGUUGAGCAGAAUGUUGAGGUCAAAAUCCUGUUGGGAAAAGCUAUGUGCAUAAAGGUGGCUGUACAAGUGGUUUACUCCAUUUAGUAGUCUGUUGUGUGACCAGCUGCACAUUGGAUAUGAAAUCAGUCAUGGAAAGGACAGCCUGUCAAAGGAAAAGAAACUUCUCACAGUUUUUGCACAGUUUUUCCCAACAGGCUUCUGGCUCUAGUGGUCAGUCUUAAAUAGAUGUUUAGAAAAUUGUGCUCUUAGAUACCAAGACUUGGCUUUGUUCACACAGAAUUGGUUCUUCUUAACAGACUAUGCAUAGGUGUCUACACCCUAUCCACCACUAACAGAAUAAAAAUAUCAUAAGCAAGUUACCAACACAUCUGUCUAAUGUGUAUAAUUUCCCAGUUGUUAGACGUUAGGUAGUUUUCGCUUCAGUACUGCACUUGCUUACCUUAGUAUGAAUUACUUGGUUAGAUCUGUAUAGGAUCGUGUUCUACUCUGUACUAUUGCCACAGAGCUGGAUCUUUUUAACAGUAUAUGCAUAGUAUAACUUGUUGCAGCCACUCUCCACAGGUUUUAACUGUCCCCAUCCCUCCCCUGCUGUAAAAUUUUUAUUUUUUUCUUUGAAAUCCAUUUUGCAGAAUUGAAUACUUAUGUUCUGUCAAGUUAAUUCCAACUUAUAGUUUUCUGGGUAGAAAGUACUCAGAACUGGUUUACCAGACCCUCCUUUGGUUGGCAUUUUGGGACCCUGCAGCUUGCACAAGGCCACACAGGUGGCACCCACAGACACUCCAGGUGUUCUUAUCAAGGCCUCUCCGAUGGGACACAGAGGUGAUUUGAGCAUCUGGUCCCCAGAUGGUCUAACCCACUGAGUUAUACAUUAGUCUCGUUUAGUGGAGGCUGUAGUAAAGAAAAAAAAUAUUCUGGACAAAAUCUCAAUGUUUUUGAUAAACUUCCCCGCAGAUUCUAGUGAAGUUUGUUAUAAGCCUAAGGAGGAAAUUUUGUAGAAAUCAUAUUACAUGAACCACAUAAACUCUCUAAAGCUAAUUUGUUUUACUAAUGUAUUUCCAUUAAACAGCCUAAGUAUCCCACUGACAUCUACUUUUCAUCCUGUUUAUAAAUUUUGGCACAAGACAGGUGUAAAUGAUAACAAGUAGAUUUGAGCCGGAUGCUUAAGUUGUUUAGUCGAAAUAUAAAAAUACCCUUAUGUAACUUCUAGGUUUUGGUUUCUUAGAUUUAAGCAUUUUCUUAUUGGCAUUUCUCUUUGUAUAUUUUUUAAAAUAUAAACUGUUCAAGAGCUGUAUGGUUUUCUCCAGAAGGGGAUUUUCUUGAACAUUUUCAUAUACAGCAUAAAUGGAUAUUGCUAGGGAAUCUGGGUUUUCAGAACACUGCUUCACACCUCUGGCUUCAAUCUGCAUUUUCAUCCUCCCCCCCCCAGUACCUUGUUAUUUAGAUGCAUGGUCUAUUGGCAAAGGAAGAUCAACAGGUAGAUACUUUUAAAAUGGAUCAUCACAUAAAUUUCUGUUCUGCAUGGGAACAAGCUAUGCAAGGGAACUAUAUAAUGAGAAUUUAUAUUAAUCCCAUCCUCCAGGGAUGGAGUUUGAGUAAAGAACCAAGAACCAAACACAAUGGCUGUGUUCUAUGUAUUGCUACCCUCCUCCAGUUGCCCAGAGUACACCAAAAAGAACAAAGGAAAAGUUAGCUCAGCAGUGGAGCAUAGGCUUAGUCAGCACAAAGUCUUGAGUUUUACCAAAGGCAUCUCCAGUUACAUAGAUGCACGGGAGUUACUGCCAGUCACAGCAGGGCAUUGGACUAAAUCUGUGGCAAUCAAAAUGUGGCUCUGCAAAUGUUGUUGGACUACAGCUCUCAUCAUCUCUAGCCAAUGGGGAAGAAUACAUAGAGUUGCAGUUCAACGACAGGAGGGCUGCUGUUUGGCCAUCCCUGAGCCAAAUGGCCAAGUACUCCAGCCUGGCGUAAGUCCAUGUUCACUAUGACAUCAUGAAAUGGAGUGAAGACUUCUCAAAAAAAACCCUUCCUCUUCUCUGGUUGAAAAAACAUUGUUCCAGUAUUCACUGAUUGGCUGGUCUUGGAUUACAUAUGUUCCCUCCCCCUUAAUUUCUGAGAAGAACCAAACAACAAAGUAUUUGUCUUGCCAUGUAGAUUCUUUUCUCUGUGUUGUCUUAAAAUUUCAUGAGCAACAGUUGGAAAUUACAGUCUGAAAUUGUAACUGUGUGUUUUGAGUAUCUGCAAAAUUUUGCUUGUGCUGGUUCCAUGAGGUUAUUCCCAUUCCAGUUCCAACCACUUGGAUUACACCUUCACUCUGGUGUGCUUCAGAUUAUUGCUUCUAGGCUUGCCUCCCAACAUUUUCCUCCUUUUCUGCUAAUUAAAUUCCACCGUAUCUCUCCCAGAUUGUCCAUCUCUUAAUAUCUAAUAUGGCACAUAGUUAAACCAGGAACCUAGUGUUCUAGGUACUCA